UCCAUAACGCUACAGUACUUUCUCAUCUCACAUCUCUUUUUUUCCAGAACCUAAUUUAACCGACAGACGAAACCUCCCCAGGCAUUUUUUUAGUUCUACCCGCUCUCUCUUCGUUUCCUUGCUCCAUAUUGUAAUGCCGUACAAUAGUUUAAUAAGCCAAAGUGCAAGACCAAUAUCAUUUCUGAAACUUCAAUGCAUCCUGCCGCUCAUUUGUUUAUAAUAUAAAAGGCAUCGGCUUGCUCCUCCAUUCUCUUUCACACUCAACAACCCAAUCAUUUGCCUGCAAGCCUCGUCACUUUCUUUCCUUACCCCAUAUUCUUCUUCUCCACAGCACAUACUGCAGGAAACACUUAGCAGCCAUGGGCGGCAACCCCCCUUGUGCUUCAUGCAAGCUCCUCCGGCGACGCUGCGUGAAGGGCUGCAUUUUUGCGCCCUUCUUUCCGGCCGAUGAUCCCGUCAAGUUUGCCAACGUCCACAAGGUAUUCGGCGCCAGCAAUGUAAGCAAAAUGCUUCAGGAGCUUCCUGUUCAUCAGAGAGCAGAUGCAGUGAGCAGCCUGGUGUAUGAAGCAAAUGCUAGAGUGAGGGAUCCAGUUUACGGGUGCGUCGGAGCCAUAUCCUUGCUGCAGCAACAGGUUUCUCAGUUGCAGAUGCAACUGGCCAUGGCGCAGGCAGAGAUAGUGGGCAUCCAAAUGCAGCAGGAGCCGGCCUGUUCGCUGCCGCUGCUAGAGGACACCAACCUGUUUCCCUUCGUCAACUAUGGACCUACUGGCCAUGAAUACCCUGAACCAUCUAAAAGGGAGUCAAUGUGGGCAUGAAAGAAAAAAAAGGCCCCUACCCUAAACAGUCGGAGUGGACCAGAAGAAAAUAGGAAGAGCAAGGAAGAAGAAAAGCCAAUGGUCAAAGAAACAAUACUGUUUUUUG